AUGGAACAAAAAAAGAUAGCCUUACUCCUAUUGUAUCGACGUCGUCAGCGUCGACUUCAUUACAUACGUCAGAGAAUAUGUUGGAUACAUCCGUACAAUACUUUGAGAAAGGAAAAGGGAGAUUUUUACACAAAGUUUAUAGAUCUUCGAGAACAUGAGGAUAAAUUUUUCAUCUAUUUUCGGAUGUCAAAGAGCUCAUUUGAUGAGUUACAUGGACGUCUAAAAGACUCUCUGCAGCAUCAAAGAAUCGUAAGGGACUGCAUCGAGCCUGUUGAAAUGUUGGCAGUUACUAUUAGAUACUUAGCUAGCGGGUGUACUUUCACAGACCUACAUCUUAACUACAGACUUGGCAUUUCAACAGUAAGCAAGAUAGUAAAUGAAGUAUGCUUUAGCAUUUGGCGUGUUAUGCUACCAGACUGCAUGCCUACACCUAGUAAAGAGAUGUGGGAAAAAAUAUCCGAAGAGUUCGAAAAAAGAGCCAAUUUUCCGCAUUGCAUUGAUGCAGUGGAUGGGAAACAUAUUAGAAUUAUUAAUCCACUUGGCUCAAAGUACUACAACUACAAAGGAUACUCCUCAAUAGUUUUGAUGGCCGUAGCAGACACAAACUACCGCUUUGUCCAUGUGGACAUAGGAAGUUACGGUAAAGAUUACGACUCUUAA